CUUGUUUUUUUACGAAUUUGGGUUUAAGACGAAGUAUUAUCCAAUAAAACCUGCGGCAAAAUUAACUAUUACAUGCAUAUGAUUAUAUUUUAAUUCAUGAAAAUGUUGUAUUUCGCGUAAUAAAUUAUUUUGAACAUGAUUCAUCGAAGUUUCUUAUUGGACCGUAAAGUGUGUGUUGUGUGAAAAUGCAUAGAAAAAUAUUGAUAACAUUAUUAUUGUGUGCAACUGUGAAGUGUCAGUCUAAUAAAGACUUGUACAAUGGACAGUUUAAAAAUGAUUAUUACAAUGUAAGGCCGCAGGAGGCAUCUAGGGACCACAGAAUACCAAACCCUGGUGACUCAGACUACAGAACGUAUGUGUACAAUAAUCGAAGAUAUGGAGCGGAUCCUUCGAGAUAUAACCCGUAUAACCCUAAUAUAAACCGGCCUGGAGGCUUUCCCUACAAUCCUAUUGUGACUAAUCCCUUGGACGAGCAGUUUAAAUUCAAUUCAAAUCGAGACCCCAAUAACCCAGAUGCAUUAUUCCCUGGAGUUCUUGGUGGCUGGAGAGAGGAUCUGCAAGGGAAAGAGAGGCGAGACUCAAGGCAGCUGAAGAGAGACAUCUUCGUUAACACUAAUUAUGGACAGGUGCAGGGGUUUAAGGUAUACCUUUACGACAAUCCAGAUCCAGAUUCAGGGUAUCGGCCGUGGUUGACACCAGUGGAGCGAAUACAGGGGGAAGUGUCUGUGUUUCUGGGAAUACCCUAUGCUCGACCACCUGUUUUGGAAGGCAGGUUUAAGCCUCCCCGUCAACACCCCGGCCGGCAAUUAAUCCAAGCGGUGGACUGGGGCCCGGCUUGCCCGCAGCCAGUCAGGUUCACAGGCGCUACCAAGGGAGUGCGGGAUAUGGACGAAGACUGUCUGUACUUGAAUGUGUUCUCGCCUAAUACGGAAGCGGGUGCGACAGCUCAAAAGUACCCAGUAAUGGUGUACAUCCAUGGAGGCCAGUUUACCUCGGGAGCGUCCAACCUGUUCCCAGCUCAUAUGCUAGCUGCGUUUUAUAAUGUUGUUGUUGUUUCUUUUAAUUAUCGUCUUGGGGCUUUGGGAUUCCUAUCAACAGCGGACGAGAACUCGCCCGGCAACUACGGUAUCCUGGACCAAGCGAUGGCCCUCCGCUGGGUCAGAGACAACAUAGCCCCCUUCAAUGGAGACAGCGAGUCUAUCACCCUGUUUGGACCAGGGGCUGGGGCUGCGUCAGCUGGACUGCUGGCUGUUGCACCGCAGACUAGAGAUAUUGUUACCAAGAUCAUAGCACAGAGUGGAUCAGCAUUAGCAGAUUGGGCGUUAAUAGAAGACAAGUUCCGAGUGCAGAACACGUCGCUCGUCUUCGGCAGGCUGCUGGGAUGUCCGAUAGACUCCUCGUGGAAGCUGGUCAACUGUCUCCGGCAGGGCAGGAGCUUUCAUGAGCUGGGGAAUGCGGAGUUUCAGCCGCAAGUGGGCUUCAUACCCUGGGGUCCCGUCCUCGAGAACAACUUUACCUUCCCCGGUGACGGCUGGUACGAGGGCUGGCGGGAGAGGGACUGGCACCUGCUGCGGAACACCCCCGAGGAGCUGAUCUCCAAGCGGCUGUUCAACCCGGCGCUGCGGUACAUGACCGGCGUCACCACGCAAGAGGCGGCAUACUAUCUGUUCAACAACCACUCCCUAUCCCCGGACUACGAGAUAACGGAACAGUGGUUCGACCAGAAGGUCCGCGAACUAGUUCUCCGCUACAACUACACGCUGAACCCGCGCGGCGUGUACGACGCGGUGCGAUACAUGUACACCUACCACCCCGACCCGCACAACGCGAGCGCGAUACGCGACCAGUACGUGCACCUCCUCUCAGACUUCCUAUACCGAGCACCGACAGACAAAAUGGUGAAACUCCUCCUGGAACAAAAGGUCCCAGUGUACAUGUACGUGAUGAACACGACCGUGGAAGCGUUCCGAUGGCCACAAUGGAGACAAUACUCCCAUAAUGUGGAACAUCACCUGCUAGCUGGUGCACCGUUCAUGGACCCUGAGUUCUUCCCCACAAGGCACAGAAUCGAACGGCAGGCUUGGACGCCGAAUGAUAGGAACAUGAGUCACUUCUUUAUGAAGGCGUACGCGGAUUUUGCGAGAUAUGGCAAUCCAACCCGUUCCCGUAUCCUCGGCAUGCACUUCGAAGUGGCUGAAGCUGGCCAACUGCGCUACCUGAACCUGAACACCACAUACAACUCGAGCAUCCAGCUGAACUACCGGCAGACGGAGCUGGCCUUCUGGACCGUGUACCUGCCCCAUGUUGUGGGCCGGUUCGUGCCUACAUACCCGCCCAUCACUGAGUACUGGUGGGAGCCGAAACAGCCGCUGCAAAUAGCCUUCUGGACUGUAUCCAGCGCUUGUCUGCUUCUGAUCGUAUUAUUAGUCGUGUGCUGUAUGCUUUGGAGGAACGCUAAGAGAGAAACGGACCGAUUCUACAACGGCGACAUAUUUAUCGUGCCCGAACUAGACAGCGGCAUAGACAACACGACGCGAUCCAGAGACAAUAUAUACGAGUAUAGAGAUGUGCCCGUGAAAAGACCGCAGACUCCACAGACUAUGACUAGAACGAUAAGCCAACCAGCCACAAUCCAAUCGUCCCGCGCGCCAUCAGAAGCGUCCACAGAGUCUGCGAUAUCGCUCAAGGAAGUUUCCAGAAAGCCAGAUCCAAGAGGUAUCUCCCCCGUGCCCAGAGCACGGUCGAGGACCAAACUCGUUGAUGGAGUGCCACAAACCACUGUUUAAAAGUGUUUUUAAAAAAAAAAAGUAUAGUAAAACCUACUUGCAGUGUAUUUAAAAAAAAUUAUAUACAUAAACCUCUUUGAAAACAAAGUUUUUCAUCUAAAAAUGUAGAAGGUUUUCAUAACCAGGACUGAAAACGUUGAUGGAGUGCCUUAGACCACUGUUUAUAAAAAAUGUGUGAAUGUAGUGUUUCAGAAAAAGAUUGCUAUUUUAUUUUUAUUUUUAAAUUGUUCGUGAACACAUGAAUAUAUUUUAAAUUUUACCCUGGCCAAAUCUUAUUGGAAGUUUAACAUUUUUAUUUAUUCCAUUAUAAUUAAAAAUUAUUGUGAAAAUGCGCAUAUUAAGUAAUUAAUUUUCUAAUUUUGAUUCUAAAUGUUAUUGCUAUAUUAUUCCGUCAUUUUUAUUAGGAAUUUUUUUUAUUCAUAAAUGAAUUUUAGAUUUUUGCAUUUGGCAGCUGUUCGUUAUUGGCAAAUUAUAAAAUAAUUUAGUGUUAAGUUUAUUAAUUACCACCGUAUUCUUAUAAAAUUAGAUCUCUUGUAAGCAGUAUAAGAUCCGGAGUUAAAAUUCAUAUUAUUAUUUAUGAACACAAUCAAAAAAAUAAAAAUAAUUAUUAAGUCUCUACUUCCCAAAGUUUUAGCGCAUUUGUCUCGUUAAAAUUUGGAGUAAUUACUUGCAAUUUUUUUUUAUUUGAAUUAUUUAUUAACUCCGGGUCCAAAUGUUCAUUGAACAAAUGUAAUGCCAUUACCAUUUUUAUUUUAGAUCUUCCAACGAGAUAUAUUUUUAUUUUUAGCGUUUUUAAUUGUUACCUUAAAGGUACGAUUCAUAUGAAAUGUGCUAUUUUAUUUUUUUUCUUUUUUUAUGUUAUAUUUUUAUGCUUUAAAAACGUGCAUGAUUUAAUUUUUUCGAUAUAUUUACUUCAAUGUUUUUCUAUUACAGUUAUAGCUUUUAUUGUAUUAGGUUAUUUUAUCAACUUGAUUUUUACACAAUUAUUACACAAAAAAGAAAUAUGUAAUAAAAAGUGAUAAAUAUUAGAUUUUCUUUAGUUUUCAAAAGAUGUAGUUCGCACCUAAAUUAUAUGAUAUCGCUUCGUUCUUCGAUGAAAUUAUACUAUCAUUUUUAAAUUAAAUUCUUGUAUGUGAUGAAAAUUGUUAAAAUUAAGUGAUUUAGUAUAAUAAUUAUAAUAGUGGUAUGUUUGUGAUCGUCCUGUCCGUCCAGCGAAGUGCAAUUAUUGACUUUUAUUUAUGACAAUUAUUACAGACACUGCCAGCGUGUUUUUGUAUAUAUAGAAAAUAAAAUAUUUUUUUCUCAAA